UAAAUUGAACGAAGACGCUACAUUUGCAACAUUGGAUCUUCGAGAGUCUGUCUGAACGCAUUUGAACGCUCCACAAAACACUUGACAGGAUGAAAUUGAUGCUAGUCGCUGGUCUGAUUGUUCUGGCUGCCAUUUCCUGCAGCGGUCGUCCCCAGAACGAUGUGGAAGUGCUGGAAUAUGAGUCGGAUAACAUUGGCAUUGGUGGCUACAAGUUCAGCUAUAAGCUGAGCGAUGGCACCACACGCACAGAGGAGGCGGUUGUCAACAAUGCUGGCACCGAGAACGAAUCCCUCUCGGUGACCGGAUCUGUCAGUUGGGUAGCUCCCGACGGACAGACAUAUACCAUUAACUUUGUCGCCGACGAGAAUGGAUUCCAGCCGGAGGGUGCGCAUAUACCCAAGUAGUGAGCAUUUAGCCUGUGGCGGUCGAAAGUGAAGUGCUGUGCAUCAGUCAGUCAGUCAGUCAGUCAAGUUAGUGUCGUGCAUUAUAAUUGUUACUCGUAUUAAAAUGGAAUUUCGAUUAAUGGA